AUGGACAAAUUCAAACCUGAUGCUAGCGACCGCGCACGUAAUGACGCGCCAGAAAAUGCACGUUUCACGUCACAGGCAGCGACGGCUGAAGAUUUACUGAAGGCGCAAACCGUCGGUCUGGUCAACCUCAACGACUACCGCAAACGACGAGCUGAAGCUCUGGAUCUAAAGGAACGAGGGCUCGCUUCUGCUGCUGACUCGGGCGCCAGCACCCCUACAGAAGAAGCAUCGAUAUCAAAGCCUCUUUUCAAGAAGAAGCGCAAAGUAGCCGCAAAAGGAAAACUGUCUUUUGGCAUAGACGAAGAUGAAGGAAACGAUUCUGGCACUUCCAAGCCUCUCACCCCUCGCGACAGCACACCAGCCGACUCCACCGUAAACUCCGAAGGUGAGACCAAGGUUCCGAAGAAGAAGCUGGGCGCAAACACUAGUGUUGGUCUCAAACCUCGCGUCAUGACGAAGACGGCACUGCAGCGCGAAGCACAGCAGGCCGAUCUGGCACGACAGGACUUUGUCGUCAUGCGUGCAUCAGUGAAGGCAACGGAAGUGGUCAUACCGUUCGUUUUCUACGACGGCACAAACACUCCAGGUGGUCGGUGCAGAAUCAAGAAGGGAGAGCAGGUGUGGCUGUUCCUGGAUAAAGCGAGAAAGGUCGGUGCCGAGCUGGGCGUGGGUGGAGAGCGAAGCCGCAGAGACUGGGCCAGAGUCAGCGUUGACGAUCUGAUGCUCGUCAGAGGAGAAGUCAUUCUGCCUCAUCACUACGAAUUCUACCAUUUCCUGUUCAACAAGGUCACAGGCUUCAACGGUCUUUUGUUUGAUUACUCAGCGCAACCGACAAAAGCAACGCCAGUCGCCAGCGAAGCAGACGCAAAUGACGAGGCGGUUGCAUAUGAUCCCCUAAACCAGGCUCGCAAGGACAAAAACAAAGAUUCGAAUAUACCCGAAGAUCAGCUGGAGGGGUUCAAUGACGAUCCCACCAUUACAAAGGUUGUAGAUAGAAGGUGGUACGAGCGGAAUAAGCACAUCUUCCCCGCAAGUGCAUGGGCAGAGUACGCUCCCGAAAAGGAUCUAUCAAAGGUGCAGCGGAAAGACAAUGAGGGCAACUCAUUUUUCUUCUCGUGA